CACGGCCGACGUGGUGGUAAGUGUCUUUUUAGCGAUAAAAAUUAAAAUAUAGAUAACUAUUUUUUGAAUAUAAUAAUUUGAUUAAAAUAUUAAAUGUUAAAUGUUUGAUAUAAUGUAUGUUAGCUUUCAUAAUUUUAGAUUUUGUAAUAUUAGCCAUAUUAAUUACUGCAUUAAUAGAAUUUAGUUUUUUAUUACUUAUAUAUAUCAGAUUUUACUUAUGUUAUUUAUUUUCUAUUUUGUAUAAUUUUAAUAAGUUAUAUUUUCUUCCAUUUUUUUUUCUUUUAUAUUCCCUUCCACUUUUCCUUUCCCACUCUUGUUUUCUCCUUUCUUUUGCUUACUAUCUCUCUUUGUUCUUUGUACAUUUUCCUUCUUCUUCUAACGUGCCUUUCAAGAUGUCGAAAGUGCCAGAGCGCUCGCAUGGGGACUGUAUAAAUUAUUUUUAUCUCUACGUAGACCACAGUAAAAUAACCUGCUAUUGUAAAGAGUCUAUGUUUCGUAUCAACUUUAAUAACUGUGAUAAAUAUUGUUAAAAUUUGCAUUAGUAUACAUUAAAUAUUUAAUUUUUUCUUUUCUUAUUAAUUAUUUUCUUCAUAAACUACUCUUUUCUUUAGUUAUUUUUAAAUCACCCGCGGCGCAAAACUAUACAUCGAGAAUUUAGAAUAUACUUUUCAAAGUAAUUAAAUUUAAGAUAAUAAUAUAUUCCAUUUUUCUUUAAUAUUAAUUUCAUCAUGACCUCAAGUUAUUAAAAAAUAUAAAUAUAAUAACGUUAAUAAUACAUCAAUAACAUAAUAACAUUUAUAUAUAUAUAUAUAUAUUAAUUAUACAAAUAAUCAAAUAUCGAAUAAUGUCAUGUUAUAAAAACAUUCCAUAGUUUAUAAAAAAAAUCAGUUAUAUAUUAAAAAGAAUGGCCACUACACAACUAAAUCGAGCACGAACCAUCAAGAAAGUUGAAAAACCUCGACCGCUUAAACUUAAUCAACGCCACGCGACCGUCGAUGGGCGGAUUACGACUGUGGAGGAUAUAGUCUCCUUAAUCGACAAUGUUGCAAUGCAACUAACUAAUGGCUUCCAUGACCGAGCGCUGCAAAUGAAUGUGAUUACAAUGUGCAAUCAUUUAAAACUUUAUGCUCAUCAAUUAGAAGCUAUUUAUAAAGAUCAGCUAGAUAGAGCUUUUGUGGCAAUCAGAAAUGGAAGUCAAGACGAAAGACUAGAUUUGACGACUAGGGUUCACCUGCUGGAACUUAUAGAAUUAAGAGCUAAACAAUGGCGUCACACAGAUUCCAUGGAUGUAUAUUAUACACAAAAAUUAUCUCAUUUGGAUAAUGCAGAAGCAAUUCCUGAUACACCUACAAAUGCAUUGUCAUCUCCAAUGGCAACUAUGACUUCACCUACUGUAACACCUAUUUUGGGGCCUGGUGAAGUUAUAAAAAAUAGUGGCAAAUUUGUUAAACCUACUCGUAUUCCUGGAAAAAACUACUGUAAAGAUGAAGUUGUUAUACGUAACAGUGAUUCUGGUAAAGUAAACCCUGGAGCCAAAGAACGACUUGUCCAAAUCACGGGUACUUCCGAGGACAAGAUACAUUACGCGAAGGAUUUGAUAAAAGAUACGAUACAACGAAAUGCAUCGCCGGUGAGAUUAGAGCAAGGUGGAGGAGAAAAAGGAGCUAUGGGUGGUUCAAGCUCCUCAUUAAAUAGUAGUGCAUCAGAUGAAAGUAAUCGAUUGCAACAUCAACAACAAAACUCUCGUUUACGAAGUUCACUCCUCCACAGCUUCUCCACCAACGACGCCAGUAUAGGCGAAUAUAAAUAUACAGUUACUGUUGGUAACCAAUCUUUAAAAAUCACAGGAUGCAAUCUCGAUCUUGUUAGGACUGCGAAGCUAGUUUUAGAUGAACAUUUCUUGGGAGAUUCUGAAAAUUUCACAAGUGGUAUAGAAUAUUUCAAUUUUGAAGAAGAAUCUCCUUAUUCAAUUUCGUCUUCCAAUACACAAAAAACAUUAUUAACUCCAAGCAAUACAAAUGAAGUAGGCCGAGAAUUAAAUAUGGAUAGUGCUGCAACUUCAGAAAGUGAAGAAACUUAUAAACCUCAUAUAAUAUCUGAACCAAAUUCAUCAACUCAGGAAGUUCCAGAAGUUAGAGAACUCACAUAUGAGUUUUUGUUGCUGUGUUCAACAGGCCCUUAUGCUAAACGGCCACCUGCAGAUUGGGUUCGCAUUCAAAAGGAAUGUCCCAACAUUGUUCGCAAGGAACCGAUUCGCUGGUUCGAACCGGAAACAUAUAAAGCUAAGGUAGCAGCUGCUGGUCUUAUUACAGUAUUGACAAUUGGAGAAGGAGAAACUGAUCCAGAAUGAAAUUACAUAAUUUAAUAUUUUGAUCAUCAAAUUGUAUGUAUUAAUUUACAUCGGUUUUUAUCUCGAUGUAUUGUGAUAAAUUUUCAAAACUUUGUAUAAUAUUCUAAAAUGAACAAAUAUGUAAUAUGUAUGAGUUCAUUGCAAUACACAAUAAUUUAUGAGUAACAACAUGUAUUGCUCAAUUCAAUUAUAGCAAUACAAAAUGACUAGUAUAAAUAUUGAGAUAUGCACUAAUAUAUUGUGCGUGUUUAAAAUUAAUUAUUUUUUUUUUAAAUAAUAUUCUAAUAAGCAUUUAUGCUUUUUUAUUGUUAUAUCUAUAUUUAUGCAGCAAAUUUAUAAAAUUCGUUAAAAACUGUUCUUUUUAAUUAAUCAAAAUAUAAUAUACAACAAAAUAUUUUUAGUUGAUGUUAUGGGUACAUGCAGUAGUGAUGGAAAAAAUUAUUUUUAUUAUUAUUAUUGCUACUAUUAUCAUUAUUACUACUAUUAUUGUUAGGAUUGAAAUAAUUGACACAAACACUUAUGAAAGACAGCAAAGGACUUUUAUAUUUUUAGUGUGAUAAAUCAAAUUGUAUUACUCAUAAAAAUAAUACUUCUAUAACUUAAUUAAUAAUUAAAAUUGGAUGAAUUAAGUAAAUAAAUUAAAUUAAAAAAACAAGAAAAUAAUAGAAAACAUAUAAUUCUCCUAACAAAUAAAUAUUAAUUGGUAUAAAUAAAAAUUUAACAUCACGAACAAACAUUCAAAAAAUGCUUCAAUUUUUUGAUGUGUAAUAUUUAUUUUGUUACGUAUAAUAAUCGUAAUAAAAUAGUGAUUUAGAAUAGUCUAGUCUAUCGUAUUGAAAUAGGAACUACCAUUUUGGUAAUUAUUCUGCUGUGACAUAAAAAAAAAAUAUAUAUAAAAAAAAAUAAAAAUAAAAAAAAUAAAAAAAAAUUAAUCUUAAAUCAAGAUUUUAUAUUUUAUAUACUAAACAAUGGUACUGUAUUAAUUGUAUGGAGAGAUGAAAUGAAAAGUUUUUUGCUCUUAUAUUGAUUUUUAUAUAAUUAAUGAUUUGUAAUAUUGAAUUUACAAUAUUGCAUAAUAAAUUUAAAUAAUAUUUAAAUAAUCCAAUAGUUUAUAUAUAUUAUUAGUUAUAAAAUUAUAUUUCUAUAAAUUAGUUUUUGUUCUCUCCUUUCAAUUAAAGUUUAUAUUAUGUAUUGUAAAUGUUUCAUUAGCCAGAAUAUAAAUUACAAAUGUUUUCAUUUUCUUUAAUUAAUGUUUGAUUAUAUUACAUUUUUUGGCGUAUAUGCAUUUGUGAACCAUAUUAUUUAUGUAUUUUAUUUUCUGGCUUGAAAUAUAUUAAAGGAAUAUUUAUUUGAUUUGAGAUUAUAUAUAAAUUGUAUUACACAUAUAUGAAACGUUAUGUUUGUAUGUUUUUACAUCUUUAAUAUUUAUUACAAAUUUACAUGAUUAUUUGAAUUAAAUUAUUAAUAAUUUAUUAUUAUCAUUACACACUAACUACAGUAAUAUAUUAUUAUAUUAUUGUACCUUGCUCUUUAAUAAACCAAUAAAAGUAGAGUA